GACGACGUUUUCCAUCCAGAGCAGAGGAAGAAGAAAGAGCAGAAAGAGAAGAACCAGCUCACCGAGGUUUGUCUGGAGGAGAAGCGGCACCUUCGGCUGCUUUACCGGGAUAAAAAUACACAAAGCAGGCGGAGACAAGAGCGGUGUUCACCGGGGAACCUUCACGCACUACGGGACCUCGUCAGGCAGCGGCCUCUGGAUGUCAUGUGGACAGGACGGCUGAUCAGUGACUGAAGAGGAUGAUGCUCUCUUGAACCUCAGCGCUAACACCCGCCCGCCCCCUUCAUCCUCCUCACUGUCCUCGUCCACAACACUGCCUCCACCAUGAACCACACCCCCAGCCCUCACCUGUCCGAGGGCGGCAAGUCGGCCGGAGGCAGCCUGCUGUGCAGCCUGGGUCUGGUGUCAGACAGGGGGAUCCGCUCCCCGGACAGCCUCACCCACACCCCCAGCCCCACUGGAGGGACCCCCAGCUCCAGCCCCCCGCUGCUGCUGUCGCCUGGGCUGGGAGGCUUUGGGCUGGGAUCCCUGGGGGCCAUGGGCGAGGGAGCCGGGGCCGACUGGGAGAGCAGGGAGGAGCUGAGGCUCAGGGAGCUGGAAGAGGCUCGAGCCAGAGCGGCCCAGAUGGAGAAGACCAUGAGGUGGUGGUCUGACUGCACCGCCAACUGGAGAGAGAAGUGGAGCAAGGUUCGUGCAGAGCGCAACCGUGCACGUGACGAGGUCCGUCAGCUGAGGCAGCGGCUGGAUACCCUCACCAAGGAGCUGACCAGCGUCCGGCGGGAGCGGCAGGAACUGGCCUCAGAGAAUGAGACGCUACGGCAGGAGACGCUGCGCCUCCGAGGCGACCCCGCUCCUGAGGCUCCUCCUCCAUCUGCCACUUCUCCAUCUUCCUCCCCUGCACACCCUCGCGGUGCCUCCUCCUCCUCCUCUCCAUCUAUACCUCCCUCCUCCCCUGCUUCCUCCUCCUCCUCUCAGGUCCACACUGACGGCAAGCUGGACAGGGUGGGAGAGGGACCACCGGGGUCUCCGGAGCCAGAGCCAGUGAGGGACGUGGACUUGGACAGACAGAAGAUGGCUCAACAAAAGGAAUUGGAGGCGCUGGAGUCGGCCCUGCGCUCCCGGUCUCUGGACGGUGACUCUCAGGAGGCCUGGGAAAGUCGAAGCAGUGUCAACGCGUCCACCUCACGCUCAUCCUCCGGUCUGAGCCGGCAGGAACGCAACAGGCAGCUGUGGGAGGACAUUAGCACGGUGGAGGAGGAUAACAGCAAACUCAACGCCCUGCAGCUUCGUCUGGACGAGUCCCAGAAAGUCCUGCUGAAAGAAAGAGAAGACAAGCUUGCACUGAGUAAGAGCAUCGAGAGGCUGGAGGCUGAACUCACUCAGUGGAAAUUUAAAUAUGAGGAGCUCAGCAAGACCAAACAGGAGGCCCUCAAACAGCUGAACCUGCUGAAGGAAAUGCAUCAGGAUGAACUGGGCCGCAUAUCUGAAGACUUGGAGGACGAACUGGGAGCCCGAACCAGUAUGGACAAGAAACUGGCUGAACUACGAGCUGAGAUGGAGAGGCUGCAGGUGGAGAAUGCUGCAGAGUGGGGGCGCAGGGAGCGCUUGGAAACGGAGAAACUGGCCCUGGAGAGGGACAACAAGAAACUGAGGGCUCAGGCUGAAGACUUGGAAGAGCAACUGGCCAAGAAACGCCGGCAGGCCGCCUCCGCACUCGACACCGACCUCAAGGCCAUCCAGACGGAGCUGUUCGAGAGGAACAAGGAGCUCGCUGACCUUCGCCAUGUUCACACUAAGCUGAAGAAGCAGUUCCAGGAGAAGACAGCAGAGCUCGCCCACGCCAACAGGAGGGUGGAGAGCCACGAGGCCGAAGUCAAAAAGCUACGCCUGAGGGUGGAGGAGCUUAAGAAGGAGUUAGGACAGGCAGAGGAUGAGCUGGAUGAGGCCCAUAACCAGAGCAGGAAGCUGCAGAGGUCUCUGGAUGAGCAGGUGGAGCAGACUGAGAAUCUGCAGGUACAAUUGGAACACUUACAGUCAAGACUGCGGCGGCAGCAGCAGAGUCCUGGUCUGUUUGGGAAGAUGCGAUCGGCUCGGUUCAGUCCUGAAAACCCAGACGGUCCAACCAGCGACAUGGACGAUGAAGAAGAGGAACUGCAGCUCCAGAUCCCAUGACAAAGACACAAACACACACACACAUAUAGUGACACAUGAUAUACUUUGACACAGACACCCUCAGUCAAAUGAAGAAGAAGAAGAAGAAAAGGUGAAUACUGUUGCUCUUGGGGGGGGGACUUUGUAUCUCCAGUAACAUGUUGCAUCAGGAAGCAGCUGCUGUUAAAGGACCACUCCAACAUUAUGAGAUAUUUUACCAGAGUCAGAUCAAAAAUACCACUUUUAUCUCGUUGUGUUGGGAUGCUGAUGUUAGACAGUCGAUGGUCGGCCAUGUUGAUCGAAAAUCGAAUCAUCAUUUAAAACAAAUGAACAAAAAUGAAGCUUUGUCAAACAAAGAGACUCAGAGAAACCACACAGUUGUCCGUCUGGAGUUCAAACAUGACAGAAGUGAUGUGACAAAAUUUCCACCCAGCAGCAGUAUGGUGAGCACACACCUAAUCCUUACGCAGAACACACACACACACACACACACUGUCAUACACAUAAAAACACACAUAUGCUUGGACUUCUAAAGACAAACAGCAAGGAGAUCAAACCCAGCAGACGUGUGACAGACAUUAACAGGAUGUCCGGACAGUGUGACGCUGAAUGAAAGGAUCUUCCUAUAACUUCCACUAAACCACUCGAGCAGAGGCCGACACGCGUCAUCCUUUCAGUCCUUUCUCACCCAUUCUUACCUCAUAUCACCCCAAGCAUUACUCUUGUCCCAUCUGAACUGUGCUACUGUAUUAAAACAAGACUCAACCCCACAUUUACAUCACCAGUAUUAACGCAUUUCAUGUAUUGUAUUGAUCACAUAUCAUCUGUCAUUUAAAGAAAUUCUCCCAAAUAUUGAAGAUUCAGAAUCAGUUUCCCGUGUGUUUGAAGUUUAUAGCCAAUGCUGGGAGCACACUGCACCACGUUUAGCUUCAUUAUGGCUGCAAGUUGGACAGAAUUACAGCCGCUGUAUGUGUGGAGCAGGAGCCUCCAGCUUGGCCAAGUUUUUCUAUUCAUCAAUCCCCAAUCAGUCAAGUCAACUUUGUUUUUAGAGAUCAAUAUCACAAAUUUGCCCAAAGGGGCUCAAACUGAGAGAAAACUUGCUUCACUUUGCUCCAGAGUAUAUGUGGUUUAUGCUGCAACUGAGUUGCAUUAUGGGUCGUCAGGCUGCGUUCAGAUAACUGCUUAAAUUUGAUUAAGACCGGAGCCGGGCCCUUACCAUGCCUUUUAGGCUCAACUCGUCCAAAUCCACCUGGUACUGCCCAGUUUGAGACCUGAACCUGACCUGAGACAGAGGCUCUAUCCUCCUGAGACCCUGUGUCCUCAUAUGAGGACGUCACAUUUUGGGUUUACUUUACCUUAUACUUUAUUCUACUUAACUCACACCUGUUGACCUCAUUUGAGGACUCUCCUUUGCGCCAUCUAGUGGCAGUAAGAGCACAAUACACUAAUCCAUGUGAAAACAAGAUGGCAGCCAUCUCUGCCAAGUCAGCUGAUCCCAAGACAGAAGUGGACAAGGUUCAAAACCUGAUCACAUGUUAUGGUUGAAACUUGUUUAUUCAUGAUUAGUUAUGUUUUUAGUUUGACAUGGCAACAAAUUUGACCAAUUUUAGAAACAGUGACAAGAUAAGACACUGUUAAUUAGUAAGAACUCAUUUCAAGACAUUAGGACUUUAUUAUCGUCUUGUUUGAGGACAUUUGGACUUAAUCAUCAUUGACAAUGUUUACUUUUUAUACUUAUCAGGUCCUACUGAUCCCAAAUAGCUAGGAGAAAUUAAAAUAGCAUACCAAACAAAAGUUCAGGUCUCAGGAGGAUAUUUUUGUUAUUUCCUCUUUAAAGACAAAGUUAUAUUUUUGAUUUGGAAAAGCUUUUCACACACAUAAUGACCAACUAAUAUGAUAACGACUCAGCACCAAACUUUGAGCCACAGGUUUAGUAUGAGUACACACUGAGUAGCUUGUAUGUGAUCUAAUGUCAGACUCUUGUCUGAAGGU